GUGUUUUUACAGUCAGAGUCACACUUCUUGUAGAAGCGCGUCAAUUUUUCUGAUUUUUACUUCGGAAACAUUUGAGUUUUUUGAUAAAUUGUUCGGCCAAUCACACUAACAAUGGAUCGCUGUCGAACGUGCAUGAAUGUACGUGGUAAUGAUGCAGUUGGUGACAAUUUCUAUUCUGUUUUCUCAAUAAUCGAUGACGAUGUUUACAUCGCCGAACGCUUGUCGCAAUGGAUCGGAUUUACGAUUGAAGAAGAUGACGGACUGCCUCCGGAAGUCUGUGAACCGUGCGUAGAGGCUAUAAAAUCUAUAGCACUUUUUGUCGAAAACGCAAAGGAGUGCGAUAGAAAAUUCAGAAGUGAAAUAAAAGUAAAAUCAAAUUUGAAUGAAUCUGCAAUUGAGAUUGAUCUUGUGAAUCCGGCUAACAACAGUGAUGCGGUUGAAACAGUAGACGAUGAUGAUAUUGAUAUAAAGUAUGAUUUUCAUUCAACAGAAUUAGUUGAUAUUGUAAUCGAGCCGUUGAACGUCGAAUUCAUUGAAGAUUCUGUCAAAGAUGGUUCUAGUUCUGAAUCAGAGAAAAGUGAUGUUCGCAAACGACCGAAGCGUACCACCGUAAAUCGUCGUUCGAAUCGCAAAAAACUAAAGAAGGAAUCAAGUUCUUCCGACGACGAUGUUGUGUAUGAUGAUGAGGCAUCACAGAGUUACAAAUCUACCGUGGAGCAAAAUUUUGACGAACUUGACGAAAUAGAAUCGGAGACUUACAACAUAAUCGAUGUUGGUGACAAAGUUGUAUGUUGUGGAUGUUACCGUUUUUUCGAUACUUUCGAUGACCUUGAACGCCACGGAAUAGCAGUACAUCAAGAACCAAAGCAAAAAAAGCAUUAUAAAAUCAAUCACAGCAAACCAGUUACGUGCAAGUAUUGCUUUAAACGUUUUGAUCGCCACUGUCUUUGUAAGAAUCAUCGAAAACCUUAUAAAACUCUGAAGAAAGUGUACGAGUGUAGAAAAUGCCGUAAAAGAUUUAUAAACCCUGUAACGAGACGAAAUCAUGCACACAACCAUAUUCCGAUAGACAUACCGAUUCCGAAGUUCUUCACGGUUCCGAUGACAAGAUUGAAAAAGCAUGGCUUUCUAUGUUGCGUUCGCGGAUGUUACAGUUGUCAAAAAAGUGAAGAUGACCUGUUUGAGCACAUCAAGAGAGAUCACAAAAAUAUCAAGAUUGAUUUGACAGUAGACGCAAAUGAGAAACCGAUCCAAUGCGUAUUCUGUCACAGAAGCUUUGAAAACGAGGAAAGAUUAGCCGGGCAUCAACUUCACAGGUACUGUCAUACAAAUGGAAACAGAUUUCAUCACCAGUGCCACACGUGCGGAAAGAUUUGUCAAUCUUCGGAACAGCUCUCCGCUCAUGAAAAUCGACAUACAGGCGAAAAACCGUACGAGUGUGACAUAUGCAACAAGCGGUACUAUAGUGCAGCGGUACUGAAAGCUCAUAAACUAACUCACACUUUGGAUAAAAACCUAUCGUGCAAACUUUGCGGUAAAUCCUUCCGAAUGAAAUCAUUCCUUGAGAAUCACUACCGCACUCACAGUGCUGAAAAGCCGUUCGAGUGUAACUUUUGUAACAAGAGCUUCAGACAUAAAUCUUCUCUGUUUUCCCACAAGAGAAUUCACGACCCCGAAAACUACGAAAAAUGUACCGAAUGCGGUAAAGCCUUUGCUGAUCCUACUAACCUUAAACGGCACAUGGUAUCACACACCGGCUUCAAGCCUUACGGCUGUGACUAUUGCGAAAAACGGUUUAUGCGCCUGAAUGAACGAGCUGAGCAUAUCAGUCUUGCUCACGAAGGAGUUAUGCCGUACCGCUGUGAGAUGUGUGGUAUGACUUUCACCAACAAACGUACGUUCCAGAAGCAUGAACAUAAUUUGUAAUAAUCUUAGUAGCACGCAUUCUGGUGAACAGUAAAUAUAUGUUUGAUUGAGCACAUAAA